AUGGACAGAAUAUUGUUAAGGUUUCGACCCAUCGCUCCCAAGCCCGGAACCACCACCGCCGAUACCUUUUUAAAAUCCGGCGAAUCCACAAAAAAACACUCCAAAUAUAACUUCGCCAAAAAACGCUGCAACCGUCGUAGGAAAACUGUUCCUCCGCCGGCGGUUACUCUCUCGCUUCUACCUGAAACUCCAGAUCCGACAUAUCCUAUUUCUCCCGAAGCAAAUAGCAGAAACGAACUUCUUCCUGAUGCUCCGGUAUGGCUGGGUUUCGAGAGUGAAGGUCAUACUGCCGCAUCGGAGAAGGUGGAUCCUGCGGUGGUAGCGUUAGGUUCAGUUGUGACGGUUGAGUGCGUGACGGACACGUGGAUACAGGGAGAUGAAGCAUGUGAGUGGUUGUUGGGAAGUAAAGACGAAGAGGAGAGGAAGAUGAAACUAGAGAAGGACACGUGUCCGGUAUUUAUAUCAGACGGUUACGGGAGAGUGACGUGGAGGAAUAGUGCGUAUAAGGAAAUAGUGGGAGAGGGUGGGGUUUGGUUAGCGAAGGUUCCGUAUCCGUACAGUUAUUGCAAAGGGUUGACGUGCAGGGUGCGAGUGAAAUACGCGUGUGGGAAAGAGAGAACGGUUCCAUGUGAUGCGUGGAGAAUGGAUAGUGGUGAUUUUGCAUGGAGAUUAGAUGUUACUGCAGCUCUCACAUUAAGUAUCUUCCCUUUCUAA